AUGGGUCAUGCACCAAAAUUAAGUUUUUCUGCUAUAGCAGUUAUGAGUUCAGUUCUUGUUAUAUAUGUUGGUAUUAAAUCACCAUUGAAAAAUAAAUGGGUUAGUGAAAAUAGAAUUAGUCCAAAAGCUGAUUUAGCAUGGAGAAAUAGUGCUGAAAAAUGGGUUGAAGAUCAUAAAGGUAAUAGAUAUUAA